UCUGUUAAUCCGAGGGGGAGAAGGGCGGGCCAGCCAAAGUGCGGUUUGAGCUGUUGCUAUGCGACGGGGCUUCCCUGCAACACAACACAGCCCUUGAGACCGGCCCGCGGGGGAUCCUCCGAAGGGGCAGCAGGCGCGGCGGGGCAGGAGCGCUCUUCCUCGCUUGCCAUUGCUUUGCCACCCUCUCCGUUGUCCUGAGCGUAGGGGCCAACUGCCGGCCACGCAGCCAUGAGCAACGAGCAGCCUAAGCCACCCAACAAGGGUAAACUAGAGAAGACUACUACAAAAUUUUUACCACAGUUGGAUAAGAUAAACUGUAAACCAGUGUGGAAUCAGAAUCCUCCUUCAUUCCAGCUACAGGAUGAUCAGGAUACUAAUAUUCCAGAGGAAUUUCGGUUAAAAAAUGAGCUAUCACCUGGAGACUAUCUGGCUCAGAGAGCUAAGAAGCGUAAGGCACAGGACUCUGCAGUUAGUGAUGUGGCUGCUGGACCAUCAACUUCUAAAGCAAGAACUGGUGGCAAAAAGGACCGGGAAAAUUUCCGAAGUGCCCUUGUUAACAUCAUAAUGCAACCAGACUUUACUCCAGAACGAAGAGUUCCUUCCUUAGAAGAGACAAAGCCUGGCACAACAGCGUCUUCUGCUGCAAUAGAGAAAGAUAUUUUGAAAUACUACUAUUACAUUCGCCACGGAAUAGAUACAGAACAUGUGGCCCCAAUGGAAGACUCAUGGCUGGCAAAUGUGUUGUCAUUAGUACCACAGCAUUUGAAAGUGCUCAGUGAAAGUAUAUAUAUACUCUCAGAUGAAAUGAGAGAGGACUAUCUUCUCAGUGUGAAGAAAGCAAUAGUUGACUUUGUUUUAAGAGACCCCAGGGAAAAAGAGGAAGGCAAGAAGCAAGUUCUUCUACCUCAUCGUCAAGAGAUGGAAGUGGUGCCAAAACCUUGGAACAGAUCCUAUGUGGCAGCUCGCAAUUAUAUAAAUGAACAUUUGCAUGCCAUGAAUCCCACCAUGUUGGCUGUUCUGGACCUGUGGCAGACCUCUUUCAUAAAUUUGCGUUUAGUUGAUAAAGAAGCAUUUCACAAUCGUAAAGAAUCAAUGGAGCUUGCAUUCUUCCAGAACAUAGUCGUGAGGCAAAUGGAAUCUGCCAAGGAUACCCUUUUUAAAAAGUGGUUUCCAGAAGUGCAGAAUAUCUAUUACCAAGGUAAUAAACGAAAGCAAGUACCCACAAAUGCCAGCAGUGCCAAAUUAGAAGCUUUCUUCAACUGUGCCGCUGCCUUAAUGACCAAGCAAUUGCAAAGUUUAGCUUUAGUUUCAAUGCAGGACUUUACGGAUUUAAUUGUACAGCCUCCAAAAUCUGUUCGAGCCUAUGAACAUCCAGGCUUUAUAAUGAGACUGAUCCUUGAAAAUGACACUAUUAAGUUUGAACCUGAGUUUAGUGACUAUGAAACCAUCUUUUUGAAUGUUUAUACAGUUAUGGUGAAAGCUGUUAAUCUCUUGCCAAGAGUGGAGACCAAACUCUAUUCAAAGUGGCCUGAGAACAAGACUGGAUCCAUGAACUUAAAGCCUAUAAUCCUUGAUGAAAUUAUGGAGAAGCAUAAACAAAUGGUUAAAGCAGAGAUUACUAAAGAGAGUGUAGCACCGACUGAGCACCUCAAACUCUAUGAUAAAUAUAAUGAUUUGAUAACCAAACAAGCGGAUCGGGAUAUUGAUCAGUUCCUGUCAGAGGAGCACACCUUUGAAGAAAUAACAGCAGAAAUUGCCAAGUAUCAAAAUCUCAGGGAUGAAAUACAGUACCAUUCUAGAAAGUGUAUUCGUCUAGGAAUGUUCGAGCUACAUUGUGAUGAACUGAUCAGAUCAUUGGCAAAGCGAGCUGAUUCAGUUGCUUCCAAAAUUAUUGCCAAAAUGUUCAAAGAUCAUCAAGAUCUAAAUUUAAGGCUGUGUGACGAGUUUGAGAAGAUAUCAGAGAGAGCCCUUAGCACUCCAUCGAAUACGCACGAGUUAAUGGAAUUUAAGGCUUAUAUACAAAAAGUGGAAACAGUUGACAUGCUUGAGAUGGAGCAGAAAUUAAUUGAUGCCAAAACCUGCCUCGCCUACUUGAUAGAGUGUGCAAAUUUUUCACCAGUGGAUAUUCGACUGAACAAUAGCGUCUUUCAGUGGUACGCUCGAAUGGGAGACAUUUUUGAAGAACAUAGGAAGAUUAUUAAAGAGAAAACCGAACAAUUUCAAGAAGGACUUAAAAUGCGCUGUGAAAGAUUUGUGGAGGAACUGGAGAGUUACUCUAAGCAAGUUGAAGAAUUUUACUCUUAUGGGGACGUUCAGGAAGUCAACAGAUAUUUGAAAAAAGCCCAGGCACUGAAUGCAAAGCUAGAUACAGCUGCUGAUAAGAUUGAUGCAUUUAAUGCAGAGGAAGAGGCUUAUGGAUGGCCAACAUCUCAGUAUCCUCAACGUAAAAAAAUCCAAGAUACCCUGAACCCGUAUCUUCGGCUUUAUGAUAUGACUGUAGAAUUCAACACAAAAUACAGAAACUGGAUGGAUGGAAUAUUCACCAAAGUGAAUCCAGACCAAGUUGACAUGGAUGUGGGAAACUACUGGCGUGCACUAUAUAAAUUAGAAAGAACCUUUCAUGAUUCUCCAAAUGCAUUGUUUAUAACGACAAGGAUCAAGGCAAAAGUAGAAGAAUUUAAGGAGCACAUUCCAUUGAUUCAAGUGAUUUGCAACCCUGGUUUGCAAGAUCGACAUUGGGAAGCCAUGUCAGAAAUAGCAGGGUUUCCUCUCAAGCCCUCUGAAGAUUCAACUGUCUCUUCAUACAUUGAUAUGCACCUUGAGCAGUUCUUGGAGAAAUUUGAAGGCAUCAGUGAAACAGCCAGCAAAGAGCAUUCUCUUGAAAAGGCCAUGGUGAAAAUGAUUUCAGAAUGGGAUGGCAUGGAAUUUGUUCUCCUUUCUUACCGAGAAACAGGGACUUACAUUUUAUCAGCUGUGGAUGACAUUCAGAUGUUGCUGGAUGACCACAUUGUCAAAACUCAGACCAUGAGAGGAUCUCCUUUCAUUAAACCUUAUGAAAAAAAGAUGAGAGAAUGGGAAUCAAAGCUUUUGUUGGUACAAGAGAUCUUGGAUGAAUGGCUGAAGGUUCAGGCUACUUGGUUAUAUCUGGAACCUAUUUUCAGUUCUCCUGACAUUAUGGCUCAGAUGCCUGAAGAAGGUAGGCGAUUCACCACUGUGGACAAAACGUGGAAGGAUCUCAUGAAAUAUGCGAUUCAGGACAAACAUGUUCUUACAGUAGUGAUGAUAGACAAAAUGUUGGAAAAACUGAAAAAGUGCAAUGAAUUACUGGAGCUAAUUCUAAAGGGACUGAAUGAGUACUUAGAAAAGAAGCGUCUCUUCUUCCCCAGAUUCUUCUUCUUAUCCAAUGAUGAACUCCUUGAGAUUCUCUCUGAGACCAAAGAUCCUACACGGGUAAAGCCUCACUUGAAAAAGUGCUUUGAAGGAAUUGCUAGUGUUGAGUUUACUGAAGUCUUGGAUAUCACACACAUGAAAAGCAGUGAAGGAGAAGUGGUAGAACUCAUACACACAAUAUCAACAUCGAAAGCUAGAGGCCAAGUGGAAAAGUGGUUACUUGAACUGGAGUCUGCAAUGGUCAAUUCCAUCCACAAGGUGAUUGGUGAAGCAAUAGUGGCCUAUCCAAAAACGCUCCGAAUAAAUUGGGUAAAGGACUGGCCUGGGCAAACAGUUCUUUGUGUAUCCCAGGCUUACUGGACUUUGGAAGUACAAACAGCUUUUAAAAAUGGCCAGAAGGCUCUUGAGGAUUAUCUGGAACAGUGCAAUGGGCAGAUUGAUGGCAUUGUCACCUUGGUGCGAGGAAAGUUGUCUAAGCAGAAUCGGACGACUCUUGGAGCCCUUGUUGUGUUGGAUGUUCAUGCUCGGGAUGUGCUUGCGUCCCUCGUAAGCAAGCAUGUCAAUGAUGACAGUGACUUUGAAUGGUUAAGUCAGCUUAGGUACUACUGGGAGGAAGGGCAUCUACAAACAAAAAUGAUCAAUGCUGGUUUGAGGUAUGGGUAUGAAUAUCUUGGCAAUACCCCAAGGCUGGUUAUUACCCCACUUACUGAUAGAUGCUACAGAACUCUGUUUGGUGCUCUCCACCUUCAUCUUGGAGGUGCCCCUGAAGGCCCUGCUGGAACUGGAAAAACAGAAACCACAAAGGACUUAGCAAAAGCUGUUGCCAAGCAAUGUGUGGUUUUCAAUUGUUCUGAUGGACUGGAUUACCUUGCUCUGGGAAAGUUCUUUAAGGGGUUGCUUUCCUGUGGAGCCUGGGCUUGUUUUGAUGAAUUUAAUAGAAUUGACUUGGAAGUACUUUCUGUUGUUGCUCAACAAAUUCUUACUAUCCAGAGAGGUAUCAAUACGGGAUCUGACAUACUGGUAUUUGAAGGCACUGAGCUGAAACUUAACCCAACAUGUGCUGUCUUUAUAACCAUGAAUCCUGGCUAUGCUGGCCGCUCAGAACUUCCAGAUAAUCUUAAGGCCUUGUUUCGGACCGUGGCUAUGAUGGUACCUGAUUACGCCAUGAUUGCAGAAAUUGUCCUGUAUUCCUGUGGGUUUGUUACUGCUCGACCUCUGUCUGUGAAAAUUGUAGCUACUUAUCGCCUGUGUUCUGAGCAGUUGUCUUCCCAGCACCACUAUGAUUAUGGAAUGAGAGCUGUGAAGUCAGUACUCACUGCGGCUGGUAAUCUGAAGUUGAAAUAUCCAGAAGAAAACGAAGAAAUUUUGCUGCUUAGAUCCAUUAUAGAUGUAAAUUUACCUAAGUUCUUAUCUCACGAUCUUCCACUUUUUGAGGGCAUCACUUCAGAUUUGUUUCCUGGUGUGAAGCUGCCAAAACCAGAUUACAACGACAUACUGGCAGCAAUCAAGACAAACUGCGAAGAAAUGAAUUUGCAAAUGACUGCCUUCUUCUCUGAGAAAAUCUUGCAGAUAUUUGAAAUGAUGAUUGUGCGCCAUGGCUUUAUGAUAGUUGGAGAGCCGUUUGGUGGAAAAACAUCUGCGUAUCGGGUGCUGGCAGCCGCCUUGGGUGACCUGUGUGAACAAGGGCUGAUGGAGGAAAAUAAAGUUCAGAUCACUGUUAUUAACCCUAAAGCAAUAACUAUGGGUCAGCUGUAUGGACAAUUUGAUCCAGUCUCUCAUGAAUGGUCCGAUGGCAUUCUAGCUGUGAGCUUUAGGGCAUUUGCUUCUUCAUCUACACCUGAUAGGAAGUGGCUUAUUUUUGAUGGGCCAGUGGAUGCAGUAUGGAUUGAGAAUAUGAACACCGUGCUGGAUGAUAACAAGAAACUCUGUUUGAUGAGUGGAGAGAUAAUCCAGAUGUCUCACCAAAUGAGCCUUAUUUUUGAACCAAUGGACUUAGAAGUUGCUUCCCCUGCUACUGUUUCUCGAUGCGGCAUGGUCUACAUGGAACCUCAGAUGCUAGGCUGGCGACCAGUGAUGCUGUCCUGGCUACAUCUGAUGCCACCCACUGUCACCAAUGUGCAUAAAGACUUCAUAUCAAACAUGUUUGACAGAAUAGUCCCACUGUCUGUCGAGUUCAUUAGAAAAUGUACAAAGGAAUUGUCCCCUACUUCAGACACAAACCUGGUUCGAUCUUUAAUGAAUUUAAUGGACUGCAUGAUGGAUGAGUUUCACAGUGAAGCCAAACUUAAAGCCAUAAGUGAUCGUGAUGUUUUUUCAUGGCUUGAGGGCAUUUUCAUAUUUUCACUCACCUGGUCUAUAGGAGCCAGCUGUACGGAGGGCGAUCGCUCCAAAUUUGACAAGAUAGUGCGAGAACUGCUUGACGGGCCAUUGAGUGAUGAGACAAGAGAACAAUAUAAAUUGUUGAACACUGGUGAUCAUCUACAUUCAAAAAUCCUGACUGUCCCCCUUCCAAUGAGUGGAACAAUUUAUGAAUACCGGUUUAUCAAGGAUGGAUCCGGGAGGUGGGAGCCUUGGGUGGAAGCACUUAAUUCAGCUCCACCUAUCGCGAAAGACAUGUUGUUCAAUGAAAUAAUUGUCCCAACUCUGGACACCAUCCGAUACUUUUCAUUAAUGGAAUUGUUGACAACACAUCAGAAACCGUCCAUAUUUGUGGGACCAACAGGAACUGGCAAGAGUGUAUAUAUUAUAGAUUUUCUCUUAAACCGCUUAAAUAAGGAAAUCUACAAACCGCUGCUCAUUAACUUCUCAGCACAGACUACAGCAGCUCAGACUCAGAACAUCAUUAUGUCAAAGCUGGAUAAAAGGAGAAAAGGAGUCUUCGGUCCUCCUCUUGGGAAGAAAAUGGUUGUAUUUGUAGAUGAUGUCAAUAUGCCAGCAAGAGAAGUCUAUGGUGCUCAGCCUCCAGUAGAGUUACUUCGUCAGUGGUUAGAUCACUGGAACUGGUAUGACUUGAAAGACUGCAGUAUGAUUAAACUUGUGGACAUUCAAAUCAUGUGUGCAAUGGGGCCACCAGGUGGAGGCCGAAACCCAGUCACUCCUCGCUAUUUACGACACUUCAAUACAGUUACCAUUAAUGAAUUUGAUGAUGCCUCAAUGUAUACAAUUUUCUCCAGAAUAUUAGAAUGGCAUCUUACGAUAUGUUAUAACUUCCCCCCAGAAUGUGUGGAACUGAAUGAACAGAUUAUAAACAGCACCAUGACUAUAUAUAAAGAGGCUAUGGAUAAUCUACUCCCUACUCCAACUAAAUCACACUAUUUGUUCAAUCUGCGUGAUUUUUCUCGAGUUAUUCAAGGUGUUUGUCUAUCAAGACCUGAAACGACAGAAUCUACUGGAACAAUAAAACGCCUUUGGGUUCAUGAGGUCCUUAGAGUGUAUUAUGAUCGUUUAGUAGAUAAAGCAGAUCGAUCAUGGCUCGUAGGAUGCAUUAAAGAAGUAGUGAAAAGCCAUUUUGAACAAGAAUUUGAUGAACUUUUUGAGAGACUGGACUUCAAUUCUGAUGGCGUGGUUGAAGAAGAUGAUUUGCGAAGUCUGAUGUUCUGUGAUUUUCAUGAUCCUAAAAGAGAGGAUACAAACUAUAGAGAGGUCUUGGAUGUGGACCACUUGAGAGUUGUUGUAGAGGGCCAUAUGGAAGAAUACAACAACAUGAGCAAAAAGCCUAUGCAGCUGGUGUUAUUCCGGUUUGCCAUAGAACAUGUUUGUAGAAUUUCACGUAUUUUGAAGCAGCCUCGUAGCCAUGCCCUUCUGGUUGGUGUUGGAGGAAGUGGUCGGCAGUCUCUCACUCGUUUAGCUGCUUUUAUGUCAGAUUAUACACCUUUCCAGGUUGAAAUAUCAAAGACUUAUGGGACCAAUGAAUGGCGUGAAGACCUAAAAGUCAUUCUACGAAGAUCUACUGAAGGUGAAAUGCAAGGUGUUUUCUUAUUCACUGAUACCCAGAUAAAAAGGGAGUCAUUUUUAGAAGACAUUAACAACUUGCUAAAUGCUGGAGAAGUACCAAACCUCUUUGCAGUAGAUGAGAAGCAAGAAAUUUGUGAAAAAAUGCGUCAAAUAGAUCGCCAGCGUGACAAAACAAAGCAGACAGAUGGUAGCCCGAUUGCUCUUUUCAACUUGUUCAUUGACCGCUGCCGAGACCAGCUGCAUGUUGUACUGGCCAUGAGUCCCAUUGGAGAUGCAUUCCGUAACCGUCUUCGAAAGUUUCCAGCUCUUGUUAACUGCUGCACUAUUGAUUGGUUUCAGUCAUGGCCGACAGAUGCAUUGCAGGCUGUUGCCACUCGCUCCUUGGAAGAUGUUGAAAUGUCAGAAGAAACCCGGGACGGCUGCAUUGAUAUGUGCAAAAAAUUUCAUACUACAACCAUAACUUUGUCUGAAACGUUCUUUACUGAAGUCCAGAGACACAACUAUGUAACACCUACUUCAUACCUUGAACUAAUUUCCACCUACAAAUCCUUACUGGAAAUGAAAAGAACUCAGGUGAUGAAGAUGAAAAAAAGAUAUGAAGUUGGCUUGGAGAAACUGGAUUCAGCUGCAUCCCAGGUGGCCACAAUGCAGAUAGAAUUGGAAGCCUUGCAACCUCAGCUCAGAGUAGCUAGCAAGCAGGUUGAUGAAAUGAUGAUAGAAAUUGAGAAGGAAUCUUUAGAAGUUGCUAAAACUGAAAAAAUAGUGAAAGCGGAUGAAGCUGUAGCCAAUGAGCAAGCAAUGGCUGCCAAAGCAAUCAAAGAUGAAUGUGAUGCCGAUCUGGCAGAAGCCUUGCCCAUCUUGGAAAGUGCUCUGGCUGCUCUUGACACUUUGACUGCACAGGAUAUUACAGUUGUGAAGUCUAUGAAGAGUCCUCCUGCUGGUGUGAAGCUUGUUAUGGAAGCCAUCUGUAUCUUGAAAGGCAUCAAGGCAGAUAAAAUUCCAGAUCCAACAGGCACAGGCAAAAAAAUGGAAGAUUUCUGGGGCCCAGCUAAGAAGCUCCUGGGCGACAUGAGAUUCCUGCAGUCACUCCAUGAAUAUGAUAAGGACAAUAUUCCUCCAGCAUACAUGAAUAUCAUUCGAAAACAGUAUAUCACCAAUCCUGAGUUUGUGCCUGAGAAGGUUCGAAAUGCUUCCACUGCUGCAGAAGGACUGUGCAAAUGGGUCAGAGCCAUGGAUUCCUAUGAUAAAGUAGCAAAAGUUGUUGCCCCUAAGAAGAUAAAGCUCAAUGCUGCUGAAGGGGAACUGAAAAUUGCUAUGGAUGGUUUGAGAAAGAAACAAGCAGCCCUAAAGGAAGUUCAAGACAAACUGGCUAAUCUUCAGUUGACCCUAGAGGAAAAGAAGCAGGAGAAAGCUGACCUGGAGAACCAGGUUGACUUGUGCAGCAAAAAGCUAGACCGUGCAGAAAAAUUACUUGGUGGCCUUGGAGGUGAGAAAACCCGCUGGAGCCAGAGUGCUUUGGCACUGGGAAAGCAGUACAUCAAUCUGACAGGCGAUACCCUCAUCUCAUCAGGCAUCGUAUCUUACUUGGGAGCCUUCACAUCCCACUACCGACAAACGCAAGCACGUGAUUGGAUAUUAACACUGAAAGCCAGAGGCAUUCCUUGCUCAGAUGAUUUUUCUCUGACAAGUACUUUAGGAGAACCAGUGAAAAUCAGAGAAUGGAACAUUGCUGGGUUGCCUUCUGACUCAUUUUCCAUUGACAAUGGUAUCAUUAUCUCGAAUGCAAGGAGAUGGCCUCUCAUGAUUGAUCCUCAGGGUCAAGCAAACAAAUGGGUAAAGAAUAUGGAAAGAGCAAACAGCUUGCAUGUCAUAAAGCUCAGUGAUUCUGAAUUUGUAAGAACACUAGAAAAUUGUGUCCAGUUUGGCACACCUGUGCUGUUGGAAAAUAUUGGAGAAGAACUGGACCCUAUCCUUGAGCCUCUCCUGCUGAAACAGACCUUCAAGCAGGCUGGUAGCAUCUGCAUCCGCUUGGGGGAUUCCACUAUUGAAUAUGCUCCUGACUUCCGCUUUUAUAUUACAACCAAGCUGAGAAACCCACACUACCUCCCAGAAACAUCUGUCAAAGUAACAUUAUUGAACUUCAUGAUAACACCAGAGGGGAUGCAAGAUCAGCUUCUUGGAAUAGUUGUUGCGAGAGAGAGACCAGAUCUUGAAGAAGAAAAGCAAGCCUUAAUAUUGCAAGGAGCUGAAAACAAAAGACAGCUAAAAGAAAUUGAGGACAAAAUUUUAGAAGUUCUUUCAUCUUCCGAAGGAAAUAUUUUAGAGGAUGAAACUGCCAUCAAGAUACUCUCUUCUUCCAAGGCUUUGGCUAAUGAAAUUACGGAGAAGCAAGCAAUAGCGGAAGAAACAGAAAAAAAGAUCGAUGAUACUCGAAUGGGCUACCGUCCAAUUGCAGUUCAUUCGUCAAUCCUGUUUUUCUCAAUUGCUGAUCUUGCCAAUAUUGAGCCCAUGUACCAGUAUUCUCUUACAUGGUUCAUCAAUCUUUUUGUCAUGUCCAUAGAUAAUUCUGAGAAGUCUGAUAUUUUACAAAUAAGACUGAAGAUUCUUAAAGAUCACUUUACUUACUCCCUCUAUGUAAACAUCUGCCGUUCCCUCUUUGAAAAAGACAAGCUGCUCUUCUCCUUCUGCCUAAAUGUAAACCUCUUGAAGCAUGACAAAAUGAUUGAUGAGACUGAGUGGAAGUUUCUCCUAACUGGAGGUAUUGGCCUGGACAAUCCCUACUCUAACCCCUGCCCCUGGCUUCCCCAGAAAUCAUGGGAUGAAAUCUGCCGCCUUGAUGAUUUGCCACAUUUCAAAAGCAUCCGGAAGGAAUUUAUGCACUUAAAGGAAGGGUGGAAAGCAGUCUAUGAUAGUCUGGAGCCUCAGGAUGCAGAGUUUCCUGAGGAGUGGCAAGAAAAAGUGGUGGAUUUCCAGAGGAUGCUCAUCAUUCGCUGCUUAAGGCCUGACAAAAUCAUUCCAAUGGUGCAGGAGUUCAUCAUUGGCCACUUGGGGCGUAUGUUUAUUGAGCCACCUCCUUUUGAUUUGUCCAGUGCAUUUGGUGAUAGCCAUUGCUGUGCACCACUGAUUUUCGUGUUGUCUCCUGGGGCAGAUCCUAUGGCAGCUCUUCUCAAGUUUGCUGAUGACCAGGGCUUUGGCGCAUCAAAGCUUAGCUCCUUGUCGCUUGGCCAAGGCCAGGGUCCCAUUGCCAUGCGCAUGAUAGAGAAAGCAGUGAAGGAAGGCAGUUGGGUGGUUCUGCAGAAUUGUCAUCUAGCAACAUCAUGGAUGCCAAUACUGGAAAAAGUCUGUGAGGAACUAAAUCCAGACACAACACAUCCUGAUUUCCGCCUGUGGCUCACGAGCUACCCAUCUCCCAAUUUUCCUGUCUCCGUGCUCCAGAAUGGCGUGAAAAUGACAAACGAGGCACCGAAAGGUUUACGGGCAAAUGUAAUCCGUUCAUAUCUGAUGGAUCCCAUCUCUGACCCUGAGUUUUUUAACAGCUGCAAAAGGCCUGCUGAAUUCAAAAAGUUGCUGUAUGGCCUCUGUUUCUUCCAUGCUCUGGUCCAAGAGAGACGAAAAUUUGGACCACUGGGUUGGAAUAUACCUUAUGAAUUCAAUGAGACAGAUCUGCGGAUCAGUGUGCAGCAGCUGAAUAUGUUCCUGAAUCAAUACGAGGAACUACCAUUUGAUGCUAUCCGCUACAUGACUGGAGAAUGUAAUUAUGGAGGCAGGGUUACCGAUGACUGGGACCGACGCACACUGCGUAGCAUUUUGAACAAAUUCUACAAUCCAAUCAUUGUUAAAGAUCCAGACUACAAGUUUGAUUCCAGUGGCCUUUAUUUUGCCCCUCCUGAAGGAGAGCAUCUAAGCUACAUUGAAUACACAAAGACCCUUCCUCUGAACCCUGCCCCAGAGAUCUUUGGGAUGAAUGCCAAUGCCGAUAUCACCAAGGACCAAUCUGAAACACAACUGCUGUUUGAUAAUAUUCUUCUAACACAAUCUCGUGCAUCAGGUGCAGGUGCAAAAUCAUCUGAUGAAAUUGUUCGUGAGGUUGCAAGUGACAUCCAAAGUAAACUUCCUGCUGACUUUCACAUUGAAGCAGCAAUGAGGAGAUACCCAACGACCUAUACCCAGAGCAUGAACACUGUGCUGGUUCAAGAGAUGGGGCGAUUUAACAAGUUACUGCAAACAAUCCGGGACUCCUGUGUCAACAUUCAGAAAGCAAUCAAGGGUCUGGUAGUGAUGUCUGCAGAACUAGAAGAAGUGGUGAAUAGCAUUUUGAAGGGCAAAAUUCCAGGGAUGUGGAUGAACAAGUCUUACCCCAGCCUCAAGCCACUUGGCAGCUACGUGAAUGACUUUCUUUCCAGACUGAAGUUUUUACAGUCCUGGUACGAGAAUGGAAACCCACCAAUGUUUUGGCUUUCUGGCUUCUUCUUCACUCAAGCCUUCUUAACGGGUGCCCAGCAGAAUUACGCCAGGAAAUAUACCAUCCCAAUAGACCUGCUAGGAUUUGAUUAUGAAGUACUGGAGGAUAAGGAAUACAAACAUGCUCCUGAAGAUGGAGUCUACAUUCAUGGGUUGUUCCUGGAUGGAGCUCGCUGGAACAGGAAGACCAAGAAGCUUGGGGAAUCCUAUCCCAAAAUCCUUUAUGAUAAUAUGCCAGUGAUGUGGUUAAAGCCUUGCCGAAGAUCAGACAUUCCUGACAGACCUAGUUACUUGGCUCCAGUCUACAAGACAAGUGAGAGAAGAGGAACUCUGUCCACGACAGGCCAUUCAACCAAUUUCGUGAUUGCAAUGAUUCUUCCUUCCGAUCAACCUGAGCAACACUGGAUUGGACGAGGGCUGGCCCUUUUGUGUCAGCUUAACUCUUAACCCCAGAUACAGAGAGAGACUGACUUAAGAUUCCAGCACUUUCAAAUACUACUUUUGGAAAAGUCCAAGUGUUUGGAAGCUUUUACAGAUUUGAUUUAUAUAAGUUUGUAAAAAAAAUUGUUUGAAGAUAGAAUGGAAAUUUUUCAAAAAGGCUUCAUAAAACACCAGCUGCUGUA